ACAAUCACAUUCUUAUCUCCUUUGCUUAACUCAAAUUAUCGUCACUACUCCAACCAAUUAAAGCUUAAAACUAAACAACAAAACACACCCAUGUCCAAAACCAAGAGCACGAAAACUACUUCGCCACAACAGCAAGACGUUGGUAAUCCGCCCAUAAAGUUCUUAGGAGUGAGACGACGACCAUGGGGACGGUACGCAGCCGAGAUACGAGACCCAUCGACGAAGGAACGACACUGGCUCGGGACAUUUGACACGGCUGAGGAGGCUGUCUACUCUGACAUGCCCCAUGGCUCCUCCGUUACCUCCAUUUUGUCUCCUGAUAAUCAAAACCAACACCAAAACCAAAACCAAAACCAAAACCACCACCAAAACCAACCAGAGUUUUCUCUUUCUCCAGGUAAUGACUACGACUACAAGGCGGUUUCAAACGCGCAGGUUUGGUCGUCUUCUUCUUCGUCAUCAUACCAGGAGAAUCCUACCAUAUUUACCUAUAAUAAUGGCGCUGAUGAUAGUGUUAUUAAUACUAAUUAUAGUAAUAAUAAUUGCUUUUAUGCCAAUAGUAACGACAUAGAGCUUCCACCUUUGCCUGAUCAAUUUACAGGUGAGUUGGCCCAGCUUUCUUGGCCCAGCCCGGCUGUUGGUGGUAAUUCUUCGGAGUACUUGGGCCUUGAUUCUAAUAAUGCUGGCUAUGUACAUAGUCCAUUAUUUAGUUCAAUGCCUCCAGUUAACCAUGGGCUUGACCAAUUUAAUUUGGGCUCAUCUUCUUAUUUCUUUUAAAAACUGUUUCCAUUUUUUUAUAAUAAUAACAAUAUGUUUGACAGUUAGUUAGCUGUUAGACUAUGUGUCACGCCACUCACCUCUUUUCCAACUAAUACAAUACUGAGUAUUACAUAUGAUCCAUAUCAUAGUUAAUUAAGUGUUAAACGAUUUAAAUAAGAGGAUAGUUUAAACAAAUUUCACAAUACCAUUUUAAUUGUUCUCAAAAUCAUUAUGUUGUCACCCACUAAUUUCAUCAUUGUUUGUGGUGACAUUUUUCUUCUAGAAUGUCGGUGUAAUUAUUGUAACUUUUGAAGUCUUUCUUUUUAUUAUUAAUUUUUAUUAUGUGGGUUUGGGCCUUUUGAUGCCUCUCAGGAGCCAAAUUGAUUUGGAGCUUGAAGUAGUGCAUUUUAAUGUACUUUCAAUUUUAUUAAAAAAAAGUUUUAGAUUACCCAAAUAGCAAUGUUGAGUUUGAUGAAAUAUACUUAUUUAUUUUCAUCUUACUACAUCGAUGAAGAUUGUAUCAUAUUCACAUAUGUAUUAAAGAUCUUAAAUGUUAAUAAGAAAGUUUAGUUUAAGCUGAUAU